CGCACGGAGAGGGGGAGAGGGGGAGACGUCGACAGAGCCAGAGAGGAAGCGCACGGAGCUCCGCCGCCGGACGUGGGCUGCUGGCCGCCUAGGCCCUGGCUGCCUCCCUCUGUCCGCCUCCUCCCAGCCUUGCCUCCCCCGCUGCUGGCCGGCUGCCCAGCGCCCGCUGCCCCGUCCCGCCGCCUGCUAGUGCUAGGUCAGGAACUCGUCCCAGCUCGUCUCGUCAGGCGUCAGCAGACGCUGGGCUGGGCGUCAGGAACUCGCCGUCCGCCUCUGCCCCGACCGGCGACCGUCUCUUUACCCCGACAGGCGACCGUCUGCCUCUGCCCCCAAAUACUGAAAUCCCCAAGCGGAAUCGGCUGCACACGUUGUCUGGCACGGCAAGAUAAUAUCUCACAGUUCACAAAUCCCAAAGGAAACCGGCAGGUGCUAUGGCUAUGGCUGCAGUGGAGGCGCGGCUCCGGCAGGAGAAGGUGAAGAAGUUCGAGGAUUUUGUCGACCGCCGACUCAAGCCCGACCUCUUAAAUGCCAUUGCCCAGCGUGAUACCUUGUUCCAUCAGCAGAAGACUUUCUUGGAUUUGAAGAUGAACAUUGAGAAUUUGGAAAAGAAUGGUGUAACCAGCAUGCGCUCCAUGGUCAAUCUUGGAUCAGAGGUGUACAUGCAGGCAGAAGUGCCAGAUACGAGGCACAUUUUUGUGGAUAUUGGUCUAGGUUUUCAUGUGGAAUUUACUUGGCAAGAAGCAUUGCAGUUUAUAUCUGUGAGAGAGGCAAGGUUGGCCAGACAAAUAGAUGAGUACACACACCUCAUCGCGAGCAUAAAAGCACAGAUCAAGUUGGUAUGUGAAGGUAUCCGUGAACUCCUCCAGCUACCACCUGAGUGAGAGCCAAAGAGUUACGCACCAAGCCGGCAGUGCCCUAGCUCUUACAUACCAGUAGUUUUUUUUUUCCUGUUCUUGCGAUGAUUAAUCAGACAAUUGGCAAAUGAGAACAGUUCGAUAGUUGGACUCGUUCGAUGUGGUAGUCCUGUUUAAAAUUUAAAUGAGGAGAACCUUGUAGCAAAUUAACAAGACAGAAAUGAUUACAUUAUAGUCCAGUCCUUGUUUGGUGAUAUGCAAUUAUGAAACACGGGAUUGGUCACUGUUUCAA